AUGUUACACAAAGCUAUACAGUCAGAAGAUGUUACUAAAGAGCUAUACAGUCAGAAGAUGUUACUUAAGCUAUACAGUCAGAAGAUGUUUACUAAAAGCUAUACACAAAGAGAUCUAUACAGUCAGAAGAUGUUACUAAAAGCUAUACAGUCAGAAGAUAGGCACAGACCAGAAUGUAAGAGGCACAGACCAGAAUGUAAGAGACACAGACCAGAAUGUAAGAGGCACAGACCAGAAUGUAAGAGGCACAGACCAGAAUGUAAGAGGCACAGACCAGAAUGUAAGAGGCACAGACCAGAAUGUAAGAGGCACAGACCAGAAUGUAAAAGGUACAGACCAGAAUGUAAGAGGUACAGACCAGAAUGUAAGAGGUACAGACCAGAAUGUAAGAGGCACAGACCAGAAUGUAAGAGGCACAGACCAGAAUGUAAGAGGCACAGACCAGAAUGUAAGAGACACAGACCAGAAUGUAAGAGGCACAGACCAGAAUGUAAGAGGCACACACCAGAAUAUAAGAGGCACAGAAUAGAAUGUAAGAGGCACAGACCAGAAUGUAAGAGACACAGACCAGAAUGUAAGAGGCACAGACCAGAAUGUAAGAGACACAGACCAGAAUGUAAGAGGCACAGACCAGAAUGUAAGAGGCACACACCAGAAUGUAAGAGGCACAGACCAGAAUGUAAGAGGCACAGACCAGAAUGUAAGAGGCACAGACCAGAAUUUAAAAGGUACAGACCAGAAUGUAAGAGGUACAGACCAGAAUGUAAGAGGCACAGACCAGAAUGUAAGAGGCACAGACCAGAAUGUAAGAUGCACAGACCAGAAUGUAAGAGGUACAGACCAGAAUGUAGGAGCCACAGACCAAAAUCAGAACAGAAUUACCAAACACGCUCCCAGAUAAUUCAAGUAACCAGACACCCCUUGUAG